AUGGAAGCAAAAGCGCAUCGCUCAACAAGUCGCCCACGGGCUCCUUCACGUCCCACGACCCCUUUGCGACCGAGCUCACGUUCCUCUUUCCGCGAAGCCCAUGGCUACAGUCACAACAUCAGCAGCGCGGAAUACAACCAGCCCGCCAUCAAUGCGCUGGAGCCACAAUUCGCCGAAUUGGCGGACUCCAUGGCCGAUUUGGAAGCCAAUUUCAUGCAUCUACAAUUGAUGCACGAGAGCUUGACGCGCUUCAGCGAAAGCUUCGCCAGCUUCUUGUAUGGAAUGAACAUGAACGCCUUCUGUGUGGAUUUCCCAGAGGCUCCAAUUACCGAUUCAUUCAAGAGGGCUAAGCAGGCCGAGGCACAGAAAGACGCGGAGAUUGAACCUACUCGCCCAGAUGACGGCGAGAUGACUUUCUUGUGA